UCCUGAACCGCCGCAUCUCGAGUGCCUUGGGGUGUCGGAAAUUCAACCAUCACGCAACCAUGCCGGCCCGAUUGAGCUUGAGGCCAAUCGUCGGCCCAGGCCGGGGUUUCGCGAGGAUCUCAGCUAGAGCUCGCCCGGCGACGAUCUGUCUGUUCUGCUCCCUCUCAAACCGCCCAUCACACAGCUUGCCGAGGACGAAGCGGAAAGCUGGCCCCGACACGCGACGCGCCGAAUCCACCCUUGCCUCGCCGGAAACGACGACGCCGACCCCAGACGCGCGAGAGGAGCUUGCAGCGGCCCUGAACGACCUCCAGAGGCACGCGGCCAACCAUGUCAACCUCUCGAGGAUACAGCUGGCGCUGCGGAACCUUGGCCAGCCGCCCGGCAGGGAGUCGAUACGGGUCGCUGUCCUGGGCAUGAGCAACGGCUCCGAGUCCGGGCGCACGGCCAAGAGGCUACUAAGGUUGCUACUCGUGGAUCCGCUGACGGCCGAGGAGGGCUGGGAGAGGCAGCUGGAGGGGCAUGACGCGUCGCAACCUCUUAUCGUGCGCAUUGGGCAGGAGGCGCCCCGGAAGGACGUGGCUAUUGCGUAUCCCAGGGACAGCUUGGUGCCGGGGAUCAAUGUCUCGUCGCCUUCUCUGAAUGGGAACAAUCUCGAGUUGCUGUUUAUGGAGGUCGGUCAGCUCAGCUCUGCGCAGCCGAACGAGGACAUCCGGGGCUUGGAGGACGCUGUCCUCGUGCCGACUGUCGAUAUUCCAAUGUCAAACACGGGCAGGUACACGCCCAUCACUACGCCGGUCCACAAGGCUCUGCUGGUAGGGGAUGGCAUAAUGGGUGCGGCCUCAGUAGUGUCCCUACCGCUCCUCCAGGAUCGAGACACCAUCGCUGCGGCCAUCAACCUCAAACAAUACUCUUCAGAGGACCUAUCUGGCUACCCCUUCAAGAGGGUCGAUGUCGAUACGGCACGCAAAGGCCUCAGGCUCUUCCGAGAAAGUGUGGGCAAUGCAAUGGAAUACGAGACGCUCUGGUCCGAAAGUAACGUUCCCGCCAUCAACGAGUGGGUCAAAACAGGUGCCCUGUCUAACGACGCCGGGAUUACAAAGGCACCAGUGCGAGGCCUGGUCGCGUCCAUCCUGCAGAACACAGCAGCAGCAAUCCAGGAAGAGGAGGCCGCGGAGUUGUCAGCCGCGCUCUCGUCCAAGGUCUCCCCACACUCUGUCGCGAACCUAAAUAGGGGCCUCUCAGCCUGGGCCCAGAGCGCCCACGAGGAGCUCCAGGAGCAGCUAGACGCGGCCUUCACGAGCCGCAAGUGGCGCAGGCUCGGCUGGUGGAAGCUGUUCUGGCGCGUCGACGACGUUGGCAUGCUCUCGUCCGAGAUGAUCGCCCAGCGCUUCCUGCCCGCGGCCGAGAGGGGCGUCAUCUACCUCGCUGGGCGCAUACGGGAGGCGGGCGCCGCCGAGGAGAGGCCCGAUCGGCCCACCUACCCGGGCCCCCUGCUCGCACCCCCGCCGUCGCCUUCUGACAAGGACAACGGCCCCUUGCGCCCGUCCAGCCCGGAGCUGGAGUGCUGGUGGCCUACGCACAUCUCGUUCACCAGGAAUUACCUACUGGAGGAGACCGUCCCGGCACUGCAGGCCCUGGCGCAGAGGCUCGUCGUACAGACUCUGAGCACCUCGGCCCUGACCACGUCGCUCGGCGCGCUGACUUACCUAUCGGGAUACUCGGCGUACGAGGCGGGCGCCGUCGCGGCGCUGGGGCUUGUCUGGAGCCUCAGGCGGCUGCAGAAGAAGUGGGAAACGGCGAGGAGCUACUGGGAGGGGGAGGUGCGGGAGGAGGGCCGCAAGGCGGUUCGGGCUGCCGAGGCGAGCGUGGCGCAGGUUCUAGACAGGCCAAAGGCAGGCGACGGGGGUAGCUUGGACGAGCUGACGAAGAUCAGGGGGAUCAUCCAAAGGGCGGAAGAUGCCUUGGCGAGGCUGAAGUAGGUGCCGUUGCCAUGUAGUAAUUGUAUCAAUAGGAGGGAGCAUGUUGACUCCAUUUUCUCUCAUGUGUGCGUCUUUGAGCCACGGCGAGAUGUUGUCAGCAUCUAAUAGACACCAUAGACGAAGCUGUUUCAUACAUACCC